GCGAUCGUCAGCGUAAUACGACACACAACUGCGAGGCGCAGAUCGGGAGGAACAGCCAACGGAUAGAGCACCGCACCGCACCACAGUUCUUGCACCACAAUUGCGCUCUGUCUCUGACGUCACUUGCCACCCCACCCACACCAAGUAGGGGCAAGCAGGGAGGGCGGGGGAUUGCCGCCUGGUCAGCUGCCGCACUUGCGAUAAGCCCGAGUGCAGUCGCGGCUGCAGCUGCGUCGCAGCGAAGGCGAAGCCCGAUAAACGUCUAGAGAUCUGUCGAAUCUGUGGAGAGAGAGAGGAACGACCACGAUGCAGGCGACGACGACGAACAAUGGCCGGCCAGGGCCAGUGCUAGUGCCAGUGACGCCUGGCACACCGGACUCGGCGCACAUCAUAAUCGGUGCCGCCGGCUUUGCAGCCCACGAGAGACGACAGCCACGAGAGAAGACUCUGAUGAACUGCUUUCGUGACCGCUCCACGACCUCCACGUCGUCCGGCGGUGGACCGCCACCGUACUAUGUGCGCGGACACAGCACCACCUCGGCUACCCUGCUGCGUCUGGACAGCAGUGCAGUGGGAGGCUCGGGCAACGCCCUGGACCAGGUGGGCAUCGAGACCGGACGACCGGAGGCCGUUCGAUGGGUGCGUGAGCUGAAAUCCAGGCCCAACAAGCUGGCCCUGCUCAAGAGCAGCAGCACGAAAGACUUGACGCGCCUCUUCCUGGAGGAUAGCAAUGGCAGCAGCGGCACGGCGGUGCUGGUGUCCAACACCAGCCUGGACGUGUGCUCCUCCAACUCCAGCUCGGCCAGCAGCCCAAUGGCCGGUGGCAGAGCCAAGCGCAGCACGAGCAGGGAGUGCUGCAGCAGCUGCUCCAAGCGCUGGCACGACCUCAAGCAGCGCAUGCACACCCUGGAGCAGGACCUGCUGGCCCAGGCCAGCUACAGCCAGGAGCUGGAGGCCAAGCUGGUAGAGAUGACCCGUCAGCUGGGCGAACUGAUGCAGGAGAAGGAGAAGGACAAGGACAGAAACAGAGACAGAGAGAAGCAACGGGGCGGCCCAAGCGGAGUGACAGGUAAGAGCAAUGUGAGACCCUCGCGUCUCGUGGCCUGGAUGAAUCUCUCCAACUGGUGGAAGAGCAGGCCCAGCGUGGAGACGCUGCGCGAGCAGCGCAUCUUCUUUGACGAGCCCUGCUUCGACACGGAACUGGAGAUGGUUCUGAAACACGACCAGCAGCGCACCGUGCCCCGCAUCGUGGUCGAUUGCUGUGACCUCAUCGAGCAGAAGUACCGCCGCUCCACGCAGCCCAUCGAGGGUAUAUAUCGGCAGUGCGGCGACUACAACAAAAUCCAGACGCUGCGCUUCAGCAUCGAUGCCAACGACUACGAGGCCCUGUCGCAGACGGAUGUCGACAUACACACCCUCACCGGGGUGCUCAAGCUAUUUCUGCGCGAGAUCAAGAGUCCGCUGGUCAGUGUGAACGAGGCCAAAACCUUCAUUGGCACGGCACAUCAAUGGUUGCUCACCGAACUGGCCGUCAAGCUGGACACAUUGAAAAGACUGAUACGCUCGCUGCCGGAGAUCAAUCGCGAUACCAUGGACUACAUAUUUGGCCACUUUAAUCGGCUAACCAAGGUGCCGCUGCAGCAGAUCAGCGCCGAGACGCUUUCCAUUUCGGUGACACCAUCCAUAUUCCACACGGUGCCGCAGGGCGUGCACAUGCAGGACAUCCAGCAGCUGCUGCGCGAGGGCGAGACGCUGGCCGAUUGCGUCAAGCUGAUGAUCGAGUACCACUCGCGCAUAUUCGAAUGCACCGCCGACCGACGCCUGCAUCGCCUGAGUAUGCGAAACUUGAAGAAGACGCUAUCACAACCGGAUUUACUAUUCCAUAAUAUGUUCUGAUGACCGAUCCGUUCUGAGAGCUCCAAUCGCAAGAGAGAGAGAGAGAGAACCACUGUAUAUAGCGAAUGACAUUAUUUCUAGGAAGUACAUAUGUACAUAUGUAUAACCAUACCAUAAAACGUACUCUACAAACAUAUGUAUACAGGCAUGCAUGAUACACCUACUAUGGAUAUUUUUGUUUUUUGAUAUACGCUUUUCGUAUUUGAUAUUUUUGUUAAUAUACAUACGUACGUUAAUAAAUUAGAUUUACAAACCUUCGAACCUUA